AGCUCGUGCUGGGCCCAAGGCGCAUGGACCCGUGGGCAGCGGGGCCCGCCUCGCGCGCGAGCGAGGCCCCAGCGGCGGAGUGCCCGCUGCCCCCGGCCUCCCUCGCGGUGCGGGCCUUCGUGGUGGGCGGCCCGCGCUCGGGCCAGUCGCGCGUGGUCGACCUCUGCUGCGGGGCCUCUGAGCUCGGGCGCGAGGGGCCGGGGCCCUGCUCCUGCGUGCUGCACGACCCGCUGCGCGGCGCCUGGUCGGUGGAGGUCUUCUUCUCGGAGGUGCCACCAGCGGCCUCGCUGGCCGAGUUCUGCGGCCUGGCCGCCGGCACGACGCGCGCCACGGCAUGUCUGCUGCUGGUGGUGGACUCCACGAGCGCGGCCAGCUUCCGGGCGGCGUGCGAGAGGGCGCCGUGGGCGGCGGCGGCUGGACACCUCCCCACCUUCGUGCUGAGUUCGGCCCCCGCCGCCAGCGGGGAGCGCCAGGCCCAGGUGGAAGAGAUGCC